AUUCUGUAUUCAAAUCGCAGAAGCAAGAGGCAGGCUGGGGUCUGUUACCUCACUGCUAAUUUCCCUGGCAAAUAAACCAGCAGCUGCCGGUCCAUGAACCGAGUUGCCGCUCAGGAACAGGGCACUGUGUGCAUGGAACAGGAUGCAUUCAUGGAACCCUUCAGCAGCAGGGUUGGGGUCCUUCGGUGCAAAAUAUACCUCCUUCUCUUAGCUGGUGCUUGCUCGGGGCUGAAGGUGGCAGUGCCUUCACACACCGUCCAUGGCAUCAGGGGCCAGGCUCUCUAUCUCCCCGUGCACUAUGGAUUCCACACUCCAGCAUCAGACAUCCAGGUCAUAUGGCUUUUUGAGAGACCCCAUACAAUGCCCAAGUACUUGCUGGGCUCCGUGAACAAGUCUGUGGUUCCCGACUUGGAAUACCAGCACAAAUUCACCAUGAUGCCACCCAACGCCUCCCUGCUCAUCAACCCACUGCAGUUCACCGAUGAAGGCAACUACAUUGUGAAGGUCAACAUCCAGGGAAACGGAACUCUGUCAGCUAGUCAGAAGAUUCAAGUCACGGUAGAUGAUCCUGUCACGAAACCAGUGGUGCAGAUUCAGCCUUCCUCUGGGGCUGUGGAGUAUGUGGGAAACAUAACCCUGACAUGCCUCGUGGAAGGGGGCAGCCGGCGGGUUUACCAGUGGCUGAAGAAUGGGAGGCCUGUCCACACCAGCUCCACCAACUCCUUCUCUCUUCAAAACAGCAGCCUUCAUAUUGCUCCAGUGACCAAAGAAGACAUUGGGAAUUAUAGUUGCCUGGUGAAGAACGCUGUCAGUAGGAUGGAAAGCGACGUCAUUGUGCCUACCAUAUACUACGGACCUUAUGGACUUCGAGUUAAUUCUGAUAGAGGGCUAAAAGUAGGGGAAGUGUUCACUGUGGAUAUUGGAGAAGCCAUCUUGUUUGAUUGUUCUGCUGACUCUUAUCCUCCCAACACCUACUCCUGGAUCCAGAGGACAAACAAUGCCACAUAUGUCAUUAAGCAUGGGCCUCGCUUGGAAGUUGCAUCCGAGAAAAUAGCCCAGAAGACAACUGACUAUAUGUGCUGUGCUUACAACAACAUAACUGGAAGGCGAGAUGAAACUCACUUCACCAUCAUCAUCACUUCUGUAGGAAUUGAGAAGCUUGCACAGAAAGGGAAAUCAUUGUCCCCUUUAGCAAGUAUAACUGGAAUAUCACUCUUUUUGAUUAUAUCCAUGUGUCUUCUUCUCUUAUGGAAAAAAUUUCAACCCUACAAAGUUAUAAAACAAAAGCUAGAAGGCAGGCCAGAAACAGAGUACAGGAAAGCACGAACAUUUUCAGGCCACGAGGAUGCGCUGGAUGACUUUGGAAUAUACGAAUUUGUUGCUUUUCCAGAUGCUUCUGGUGUUGCCAGGAUGCCAGCGAGAUCUGUUCCAGCUUCUGAUGGUGUACCACGGCAAGAUUUGCACAGUACAAUUUAUGAAGUUAUUCAGCACAUCCCUGCCCAACAGCAAGAUCAUCCAGACUGUACAAGGGAAUGAAUGAAUUUAAGGUUCUUCAACCUGUAGACCUGGAAAUCUGUAGAACAUUUUGCAUAUCUCUUCACUAGGUAAGCAUUCAUGGGCAACGCAGUGCAUUUAAGUGAAAUAAGGAAAGCACAUUUUGAGGAAAGUGGUGGAAAUGUAUAUUCAUCUGGAAUCAGUGAAGAAAUCAAGCCAGAUGCCUCUUACUCACUGGUCCUUUUAACACAGAAUAAAGGCAUUUAUAAGAGUCUGACUGCAGAUUUUCCAGCAUACCCACAAUGCACUGUGCUGCAGAGGAGCGUGAUGGGGCAAGAGUUCCCAGUGGCAGUCUUUAUCGUGCCGACAGAAGAGAGAAAAGGACGGGACUUUCCAAUUACCUUUUUUGUAUCAUGUUUCCUACAAAGCUCAAUUAGUUCUAAUCUAUACUUUCCCUUUCCUCAGCACUGACACUAUCCUAUCUAAUGUACAAGUGUGGAAACUUUUAUUUGUAAAAUCUUCAGCAGGCUUUGUUUUAUUAAAUUUUAAAUUACUGCACUUUUAACUUUUCAUUCCCAAAUUUCCUUGUUGCUGUUUGUACCGUGGAAUAAUAAAGAUGAUUGUCACAAAAGCAAGAGUGUGCCUUCUCCUAGGUUUUCAGUCACCAAUGGAGUUUUUUCAAAGACUUGUAAAACACUGAAGGAAAUGACUUAUUAAAGUCUGAUUUUUACUUUUGUUUAAGAAACAGUGGAUUCAAAUAAAUUAUUAUUCUUUUGCUUGUAUAUA